AUGUCCAACAAAUCAACCAAAAAAUUGCAACAGAAAACACUGCACUCACACCUAACAAUGGGGAAUAACGGCAACCAAGAUGGCGCCGACCGAUCAAACUCCACAAACUCGGGCUGUGAUACUGGGAAGGACCAAGAUGUCCCUGACAUCUCCUGCACACAACCGGACACGGAUGCCUCCGUGAGUAAAAUGCUACACUCACUACAACAAAGUCUGUGGUCCGAUUUCUCUAAAAUGGCGGCAGACAUUAAGGCAGACAUACUGGCCUUAGGAGACAGGACGGCACACUUGAAGAGACGACAGAAGGGCUGA